AUGAACAGUUCUUAUGCUGCGAAGUCCUGUGUGCUCAUCCUUCUUGUGGCCCUAGUGUGUGCAGAAAGAGGUAAGCUGGGGCUGGAGUGCUACCAUUGCCUGAAGGUUCCACUUGAGACUUCCUGGGCAUCAAUUACCUGCCCCUACCCUGAUGGAUUCUGCAUUGCUCAGGAGUCAGAAGUUAUUGUGGACUCUCACAGAAUCAAAGUAAAGAACAGCAUGUGCCUUCCCAUCUGCCCUCCUGAUCAGGGAAAUAUAGAGAUCCUGGGAACUACCGUCAAGGUGAAGACUUCCUGUUGCAAGGCAGAUCUCUGCAAUGCAGCCGUUCCCACAGGAGGCAGCACCUGGACCAUGGCAGGGGUGCUUCUGUUCAGCCUGGGCUCAGUCCUCCUGCAGACCUUGCUGUGA